AAAUACCAUAGUGGUGAUUGACCCAUUGUGUUAAUGUCACAGGAUUCGAUUGGGAGAAACAUCAUGUCUUGUGUGCGAUAUAUUAUUCCAAGAUUUGCUCAAUAUAUAGCACGAUCUAGUGCAUUUACAACGUCGUUUGUUCCGAGAAAUAAACUGAACCAUUCACUUGUACGGAAUUUUUCUACAACGAUCCCAAAACCAAAGAAAGAAACAGUGUCUGUACAUUUUGUUUGUUCUGAUGGGUCAAAACAUACCGCAAAUGCUAAAGUUGGAGAUAAUCUACUUGAUGUAGUUAUUGACAAUGAUAUAGACAUAGAUGGCUUUGGUGCUUGUGAAGGAACAUUAGCAUGUUCUACAUGUCAUCUGAUAUUUGAGCAGAAAGAUUAUGAUAAGUUACCACAGGAACCUACAGACGAGGAGCUAGAUAUGUUAGAUCUCGCAUAUGGACUUGCAGACACUUCUCGUCUAGGAUGUCAGAUAAUUGUAACCAAGGAUAUGGAUGGCCUCACAGUACGAGUACCAGCAGGUGUAGCCGAUGCCAGGGAACCUUAACAUUAGCACAGUUUAGGUGUAUUGUAAAUUAAAUUAGUCAUAUCUUUAUAUGUCUUGUAAAUUUAUUCAAGAUAACAAGUUUUGUGAUUUUUUUUUUUUGUAUUGGUUAAGAUAGCAGUUACAAUCAUGUUAUUAUCUUGUUAUUAAAUAUUUGUGAUUCAGAAAAGAUUUCUUAAAGAAAUUCAUACUUUUAUUUAUUUUUUUAAAGAUAAAAAUGUAUAGCAAUUUUUGACUUAUAUAGAAUGAAGUUUUUGUUCUUUUUUAAAAUGAGGAGUAUUUGCUCAAACUUACAAAUGAACUAAGAAAUAUGUACUAAAUUAUUUCUAAAAUUUAUUUUUAACUGAGAAUUAUGAAUAAUUAUGUGCAUAUAUUAUACAUGUAUGAGGGGUUAUCCAAAAAUUUGUGGACCUUUAAAAUAUCUCUUAAACGUCAACAUGAACUGUAAUGAAAUUUUAUCACGUACCUUGUAGAAUAUUAAUCAACACAUUUUGAAAGGAACAAUAAAAUGCGUCAAUAAAUAAUGAUUUUAUAUUGCUUUUAAAUAAGCACAUACACAGCAUCCGGCGCAAGGUAGAAAAGUGCAGUAAGUCGUCGUAUAUUUUUUGCUAAAAAACUAAUAAUUUACAUAGAAAACCCCCUAAACAUUGCAUGUUUCUUCUAGGACGUUAAGUAAAAAAAUUAUGGACGUCAUUUCAGUUGUUUUUUUUGUUGAUAUCGCUAGAAACGCCAGACGCCAAUAUUGUUUACAUCAGAAAAAUAACGGACACGCAGAAAUUAGAAAAUUGCGCAAUCAUGAAAUUUUGUUGUCAUUUGGGAAUGAUACCUACAAAAACAUUUGAUAAAAAUCAGCAGGCGAACAGAAGAAAUAAGAUGUCGCGAUCAUUAGUGUUUUGAGUGGCAUAAGAAAUUUAGUGAUGGACAUUACUUUAAGAAGCAGUGACUGUUAUUGACUGCGUAACGUUGAAGCACAAGUUGUACGUUAUUAUGACGUUGAUGUCAAAAUUAUUUUGGAGAGUGCCGCUGUUGUCAACAUGUGUUUAUGCUAAAUUAAAUAUUGUGGUUAUAUAUGAAGCUACUUACAUGAUUUUUUCUGUAUUUAUUUGUCAUUUAUUCUUCUAAACAGUGUAAGGAUUUCAAAUCAAUAUCUCAAAUAUAUUUUAAGCAACAAAAAAAGUCCACAAAUUUCUAGAUAAUCCCUGGUAUUUAAUGUCUUGAUUUUUUGAUGUGUUGAUUUUUAAAUGUUGUUCUAAAAAUCAAAACAAAAACAGCUGUAACUAUAAAUAAAAUGUAUAGAAUUAUUUUUCCAAAUUAGGUUGAUAAAAUUUUAUUACAUUAAAAGAUACACAGUUUUAUUUCUAGCUGCCUGUUAAGUGCAACCUGUAAGUAGCGGCACUCUGAAAAGCCAGAACCUACUUUCAACAAGAUGUAUCAAUUUUUCCCAUAGUAAUAGCUCUGAAGAGCAAAUUCUCUUGGUAAAAGACCAAAUUCUUUGUCUCUCAAGAUGUGUUGUUUGCCAAAGUAACACCCUUUUUUGACACAAUAUAUUAUUUGAAAAUCAGACUCGAAAAUCAUAUAAAAGUAUGUAUAUUAUAAAGUUCUUAUGAAACUGUGACACAUUUAUGAAAUCAAUGCAAAACCAAGUUACAUUGCAAAAUUGAUUAUUUUGUAAGUGAACAUUUUAUUCUGUAUUAUUUCAUGCUUUCCAGUGUUUUAUUGUAAUAUAUCAGAUGUUUAUAUUCUGAUAAACCACUAGUGAAAUUUAUAAAAUAUAAUUUUCACUGUAGCCGGACUAUAUCUGAAUGCGGAUGAAAAGAAAAUCAUAACUAAAUGGAAUAACAGGCAGAAAUAAAUGCCAUCAUUUGUAAAUUUUGCUUCUUUAGGAAAAGAAAGCCGAUGUCACCAUACAUUAUGUUAAAAAUGUAACAAAAUUAGAAAAAAUUAACAGAACUUUUUUUUUUAAAUUGUUGAUGUGACGUCAUGAUGUAAUGACGUCACAAAGGAGAAUGCGCGACGAUACGCGGCAAAAUCAGUAAAAAUUACUUAAAAUCACUUAAAACGCAUGAAAUAAAAAGAAAAUUUAUUUGUUUUACAUAUAAGAUUGAAAUAUAUUUCAUUCGUGAACACCAGCUAUUAUAUUUUCACUCGUGGCUACGCCACUCGUGAAAAUAUUGCAUCAGGUGUUCACUUAGUGAAAUUAUAUUUCAAUCUUACAUGCAAAACAAACAAAUAUCCUCUAUUUCUUAUAUAAUACUAUUAUACCAUACAUAAGUGUCUUCUUUCGUUAUUGAUAUAUCAGCAAGCCUUUAAAUGAUAAAUAUUCACAAGGAUGUCAGUGUACAAAAAAGUAGUGUGUUCCUUAAGGGGCACUGUUCUGUUUUUGUGGGACUGCUAAAAUUUAGCAGCUUGAGACCAGAAGAAAUAUUUUACAUAACACUCAAUUAUUCCAACAGUUUUCAGUUCAUUUUACUGAAAAUUUUGUUAUUUGUACAAUAUGAUUUCUUUGUUUGUUAAACUUUUACCAAAAUGUUCUAAUUAAGUGUGGUAUAAUUAGGAAAUAGAUCAAUAUCAAUUUUGAGUGCAUUGUUGUAGAAUAGUGCAAGGUUCGUGUUCAAAUGCGUAGUAAUAUAAUCGUGAAGGCUGAUAGGUCUGUGUGAUUAAUUACGAAGUAUUUGAACGAUAAAUCGUGUAUUAUAUUAUGCAUCAAAAAUUAAUAUAUUUUUCCAUACUUAAAUGCUAAUAAAAAAGAGAAUUUAUUAAAAUUUGUUGAUCUACAUUGAGUGUAGAAAUAAUUUUCCUGAUGUCGUUUUGCUGAAGUCAUAUGAUGUGUAAGCAUUCCUUUCUUAUGCUGUGCAUAUAUAUCGUGUAAUAAUGCACUUGAUUACCCUGUCUGUUUGAUAUGGUUAUAGUGCAAAGCAUGUUAGAAUAUUAGAGAUAGCACACAGUACUUCAAACCACAUGUGAUCUCCCAGUCAGCCCUAAAUAUUUAACAGAACUCGGCCGCUCGGUUUCAGUCUGUUAAAUGUUUGCUUGCUGACUGGCCAAUCACAAUAUUUGAAUGAGAAUGUCAGUGUUACGUUUUUUUGCUUAAAUGAUAUAACAAUGACAUUUUCUCUUCUCUCUGUCCAAAUAUAAUUAAAAGAAUAUGAAGACAACAUGAUUGUAGUUUUAAAAUUUUUCGUAGAAUAUAUUGCCAGUAAGCUUUUCUUCCUGUAAAAGAAAUUAAUACCCUAGAAAUGCUUUUGUAUUUUUAUUUCUUAAAAGAAAAUUAAUUUUUGGAGUCCUACACUGAUUGACCUUGUAGCUGGACCAUCUGUAUUUUGCUUUUUUUGCUUUUUGGCCAGUAGUAAAAUGUUAGUGAUAGAGUUAUUUGAUGUAGAAAUACUUACAGGUCUAAUAUUGUUAUUUUUGACGCUUGGUUGUAAAAUCAUAACUGAUUUUGGUAGAGGUCUGUUCAUUUUGAUGUACAAUAUCUUUGUUUUUAUAUAUUAACUUCUUUUUAUUUAGCGCUAAAUGUACAUUUUUAGCCAAUAUUAAUUUUGCCAACUCGGCGACUAUUGCCAUGUAAUAUUUAGAUGGAUUGUACUAGAUUAUAUUGCUUGCUCUUGGUAAUAAUGGGACUAUUGUUGCUCGUAUGACACAAUCAGAAUUAGUUAACCCCUUUGUUAUGUACAUUUUCUUAAAACUGUCAUACAUGUAGCUGUUCAUUUUAAACUUGCUAUAAAUGUCUACUGUUAAAAUAUGAUGUCACUAAAAAAGAGCAGUUGAUCCUAGAAUUAUUUCUUUUUGCAAAGUUUUGCUCUCUUUAUGUAUACUUUGAUUAUGCUAUCCAACAUGCUGGUCUAAAAAUGUUCGUCAGCUCAUGAUGGAUAUAUAACUUUGACCAACUAAGAUAAUUUGUUCAGUUGUUUAAAGACACAUAUCAAUAAUUAGAUUUAAGAGAUUAAAUUAAGGAUAAACAGCAAAUAUAUUUAUGUCUAUACCUGCGGCCCACUAUAAUAAAAUUCCCUGGAUCUGAAUCUGCUCCAUAAAUCUUUUGAAGGAACCUAUACCAGUAAUAAUAAUGUGUUUUAACAUUAUUUCAUGGCAAUAAAGAAUAUGGUCAAGUCUUUUCUGUGAAAUGUCGCAGACCAUGUCAGUAUUUUAGGAAACAAUUCACAUAGCAUUUUGUAUGAUGUGUUUAGUAAGCUAAGCUUAAUUUGAAUAAAGGAUUAUUCUGUUUUUAAUUUUCAAUAUCUCUUAAAUAGUUAUAGGAAUUUCAAUUUGAAGAAGUAUGUUAAAUUAAGCAGCCUGGAAAACAGAGCCUGAAUGGACUCCCAGAAGAUUCAGACUGGCCUGAAAACUGUCCAAAUAACUAUGGUGAAUUCUAUUGUUAUUUUACAGAAUGUUGGUGGUUUUACUCAGGUACCCAUUCAUGCCUGAAAUAAUGCAUGGAAGGGAACCUGAGGUCUUCCUCAAGCAGUAAAGCUGGAAGUCCAACAUAUGACCUUUACUGUGUUGUUGUGACAUAAAACCAGGCAAAAAAAAUCAAAUAAUUGUUGUUAUUACACUUGUAUGUACAAUUGUAGUUUGUUACAAUGGAGUGAUGUAAUGGUAAAAAGAAAAUGAUCAGAAAUAAAAGAAAGCUAUUUUGAA